GUUAUACUCCUCCUUGUUCAACCUCUUGACUCUUCCAUCUUUAACUAUGGCCAGCAAUGAAGAAUCUUCGAUUAAUUUGGGGUUGGCCAUCUCGGCCAAGAUUUGGGAACUUGAGGCCCUCACUCGCGCAGCCGGAGAUUCUGCAGUUAGUGAUCAUCUAAAACAAAUCUCGGAAUCGGAAAACCAGCUUUUAUCUCUCCAUCGGGCCCUCGUCAAAAAAAUUAAAACGCCACCCAAGCGGGAUACCUCGAUCUCCGAGCGACGAACCUGGUUUUCAAACUUCAUUUCGCACGACAGGAAGAGGCUUUCUGAUAAGGACAUAGACACCCUCACAUCCAUAACAAAGUAUUGGGCUCUUAGUGAUACUAGAAGCCUUAAGGUUUGUGCAGAAAUUUGGGCUACAAGACCUCAUUCGUUUUGCGACGGAGAAACACCAGACAAUGAUGUUAUUCGACGGUGCUACAAUGAUUUAGAACGCAUGGAGGACCUUGAUGCAAUAAGGCGUAAGGUAUUACUUUUAAUAUUAUCUCGACAAGUUCAUCAGAGACAAGAACAGCUUCUUUCUGAUCCAGCCGCGCAGAAACGUUGCCGGAAAACACAACGUGAUCAUAACAGUCGGAGCUCGAGUCUUCUUACUUUUGCUUUAGACGACAUUUGCUCACGGCUGUGGGAUGACCCAGAGGGAUAUCAAGAUACGAGAAGAAAGAAGCUUUCCCGCUACUCAUUAUUUGGAUGGAAGUGGGAUAGGUUGACUCACAAGGAACUGAUUCUAUCGUUGACCCAUAUAGCGGCAAAAAGGUUCGAGCUUCACAAAUGGAGUCAUAUCAAGAUUGAAGCAUUGAAUGCAUACACUGAAACAUUGCCCCAAUUUGCGAUUCGAGAUACUUUGCACAAGGCUUGGAUUGCAAUCCUGAAUUACUAUGAGGGAGGCACCACGUUAUCUCAAACAGUGAAUCCCAAUCCUCAGGGAACCGAUGAACCACGAGCCAACCUCCAGUCAGUCACAUCAACAUCGUCAGACGCACCCACCGGAACGUCUCUUGGUUUGGAGCUCACUUCUUUCGAGGAUAUAUCUGCUUCAGCCGACCCCUGGCUCUUCCUCCCCACGGAGCCGAGUAGCAGGAGUAGGGCUGAUGUUACUGAUAAUUCUUUCGAACCCACCCUUUCGGUAGACGAUAUCAUCGCUUCAGCUGACCCCUGGCUUUUUCUCCGUCGUGCUGACGAGAGUACUACUGGUCCUGCACUAGCGUCAGCUUCGGCUGGACCCAGGAAUAUUGGGUUAACGUAUACGAAUGAUCAUACUGGAUAUCCUCCGGCUGCAUCUGGAUCGAGCACGUUGAACAAUUCCACACUUGCAACGCUCUCAACAUGACAUUAUGUAGCAGGUUGGCGUUAGUUACAUUAACGUAAUACAUCCUUUUGUACAUCUUUUUAUGAUCCUGACUCUGUCGUACCCUUUCAAGACGCAGUGCUAUUUUCGGUGAGUUUGGCCGUGGGGGGCUUUGCGAGGAUGUAGUAAAGAGAGCCAGAUAAAAUAACCUGUUUUUCAAAGUAGAAGGGAUCUGAUCCAGGAAUAAGGUAGGGACCGUCUAGGAUUCGAGGUGUGCCUUCGAUAAUGUACACCGGUAUUAUAUAGGCCGCUUUUUCCAGUAUUCUGGUAUUUCCUGUUGUUUUCCGAACCUGUAGGCCGAAGUCCUCUAAAGAAAGAGGUAUUUCCGACGCGCAUUUGACUAAUAUGGGUUUGAGGUUCUCGUUAUCAUCGCAUAUAGAAGUGUGUUGGCCGCUUUCUCGCCACUUUGCACUUGGAAGAAACCUCACUAGCUCAUCCAUGAUGUGCUUUUUGUGCUAUAACCGGUUUAAAAUGAUUCUAGUGACGUGACGUAUCGACGGUCUCUGUAAGAGGGAAAAAGGGAAAUUAGCAGCGAAAAAAAUAUGGUGCGCUUAUCACCUACAUUCGCAGUCAGGAGAUCAAGGGAUAUCUUGUGUUUCUUUUCUGCAUAUCCGUAGUCAAAGUAAAAUAUCCAAUAACCGAUAUUCUUAGAUAUAGGAAAACUUAAGGUGUUUGCUGCGCGACUUGCAAUGAGG